AAGAAAAGGUAUCUUUUAAACUGCACAGCAGUGCGAAAGGAUUCGAAAUCCGAUGAGUUUUUAGAAUUUGGUGAAACUUUUUUUGGGGGUAUAGCCCCCUGCAGCGUCCAAGACCGCCUUUCUAUAUCUACCAAUAGGAUUUGGAGGAAUCUGGAGGAUUUUUUGUAACUGAUCUGGAGGAUUACAGCCUUCCCCAUCUGGCAGCACUGCGCGGCCGCCGGCAGCCAGUGUGCCACAGACUCUAGCGCGGGUGGGUGCGCACGGGUAGAGAGGUGUUCGGUGGUCUACGAUUUGUUUGGAAGUUAUCCGCGCGGCAAACGUCUGGUCGGAAGCGAGGCCUGACGGAACGCCAGGGGAGCGUCGGACUGCAGCUACUUUUUAGGCGCCUCACAUGCGGGCGGGAUGUGGCUGCUGUUGAGGCUAUUGUGCUGCUGCUUGGCACUGGAGGCCGUCACUCUCGCUGCCCCAGAACCGGAGCUGCGGCAGGCGGCAGAGUUCGGCAGACUGAAGCUGGCUUGUCCGCGCGGGAAGGGCGCUCGGUCGGCAGUGAAGGGCGCACAGAUCGACUGGUAUCUGAAUGGGCAGCAGAAGCUGCUCACCAAGCCGGCCGGCACACUGCGGCCAGAGUUCUUCACCGAUGACAGCCGACUCAAACUGAAGUCCAACAGGCUGGUGUUGCGGAACAUCCAGCUGUCGGACGCCGGCUCGUACAGCUGUCUGAUCUCGGAGGCCGGCCCGGAGCAGUCGCCACGGUGGAUCAACUACACUGUCGUCGUGUCGGAGGAGCAGUUCUAUGACUUUGACCUGCCCGAGAUCGACAGCCAGUACAUGGACGGCUACGAGUGCGGCUGGGAGGACGAGGAGGAGAUGGGAAAUCAGACCGGAGAGCAGACUAAGCCCUACUUUGCCAACAAGGACGAACUGAGGAGGAUGCAGGCCGUGCCCCUCGGGGACCCGGUGACCAUUUGCUGCCACAUCAAAGGUUCCCCGGCUCCGGAGAUCCAGUGGCUGUACAACGGCCGGCCCCUGUCGGAGAGCUCUCACACCGUCAGCCACGUGGAGGUGGGCCGCUACUCGCUCUUCGUGCCCAGUAUGAGGCAGUACGACAACGGCAACUACACGUGCGUCGGCAGGAACGGGCUGGGGGAGGUCAGCCACAUGACCUACCUCGAGGCCAACGACGCGGCCGUGCUGGUCAUGCCGUGCAUCGAAGAAGGCUACCCGCUCAACGUGACGGCGUUUAUCGGCGAGAACGCCACGUUCGACUGUCUCGGCUCGUGGGACUGGGAGAUGGAUCUGUUCUGGGUGUUCUCCGAGAACAACACGGUUCACGUACGGGACCUAGCCGACAUGGACCGGCUGAACCGGCAGGCGAUUAACGAGAAACAGGACGGAGGCAGGUUCGACAUCUCGACGAAGCAGCGACUGGUCAUCCACAACGUCACCCUGAACGACACCGGCUUCUACACGUGCAUCGCAUAUAACACGCUGGCUAAGGCGCACGCCAGGGCCUAUCUCACCGUCCUCGAACCGCUGGAGGAGAUACCAGUUCCGCUGGCCCACUCUCGGAUCACCGUCAUCCUGAGUGUGGUGUUCGGCGUACUGGUGCUGGCCGGUAUCAUCCUGGUGGCGCGCUUCUACGGACGCAUGAGGCUCGAGAGGCGCGAGCGGGAGCGGGCCGUAGAGAAGGCCAACGCGUUCCACGCCAUGACGAAGAAGGUCAUCAUCGACCACCAGAACAUGCUGGCCAACGGCACCAUCGUGGCACCAACCAUCCGGAUCGAACGCUGCAAACCGAGCAAGGAGGGCUCCGUGAUGUCGGCCUACGAACUGCCCGUUGACCCGGGCUGGGAGAUCCCGCGUGCCCGCCUCCAGCUCGGCAAACAGCUCGGAGAGGGAGCCUUCGGACGGGUGGUGCGUGGUGCACUGGACGGCUCGGCCAAACCCAACUCGAGCGUCACGGUGGCCGUCAAAAUGCUGAAGGAGGGUCACACGGACGCCGAGCUGAUGGACCUGGUCUCCGAGAUGGAGGUGAUGAAGAUGAUCGGCAGGCACGUCAACAUCAUCAACCUGAUCGGCACGUGCACCCAGGACGGGCCGCUGCUCGUCAUCGUGGAGUUCGCCCCGCACGGUAACCUGCGCUCCUAUCUGCGCGAGCGGCGCCACACCACCGGCUACGAGAGAGCGUUCGAUCACGAGACGCCCACUGUCAGGGAGCUGACCAGCUUCGCCUACCAGGUGGCCAGGGGCAUGGAGUACCUGGCAGCCAAAAAGUGCAUCCACCGCGAUCUGGCCGCCCGCAACAUCCUGGUCGGUGAGAACAAGACUCUGAAGAUCGCCGACUUCGGCCUGGCGCGCGACAUCCAGAACAACGAGUACUACCGCAAGGUGACGGACGGCCGGCUGCCGGUCAAAUGGAUGGCGCCCGAGGCGCUGUUCGAGCGGCUCUACACCACCCAGUCAGACGUGUGGUCGUUCGGCAUCCUCCUGUGGGAGAUCUUCUCCAUGGGCGGCAUGCCCUACCCGAGCAUCCCCAACGUGGAGAAGCUCUUCAGCCUGCUGAGGGAAGGCUACCGGAUGGAGCGGCCGCCCGGCUGUCCACAGAAACUGGAUGACAUCAUGCGUCAGUGCUGGGAGUACUACCCCAACCUGCGGCCCACCUUCACCGAGCUCGUGGAGAAGCUGGGUACUCUACUCACCUCGCUAGCACCCCAGGAGUACCUGGACCUGGGGCAGCCGUCGCCACCCGACUCGGGAGACUCGAGUCACGACGUCUCGGUCGACAGCCAGUUCGAGCUGUUCAAGAGCACAGCCAUGUAGGUGGCGCCACCUCUGCUCCGCCAGGUGGCGGUCCUAGUCAGCGGCGGAGGCGGCCCGCCGGGCGCGGUGAGGCCGCCAGACUGGCGGCCCGGCCCGGCCAGCCAGCACCUGUAAAUAGUGACGACCGCCGCGUCCUCAUGGACUACUGAGAGUGACAGACAGACAGAGCUGAUGGUGCCACACGAGUGGACAGUGCCAGUGCCGAGUGCCUGCGCGUGCCUUGCCGAUGUGUACCGCUGUGUCAUGUGCCUUGCCCGCGGCGGGACGGCCCUGUGUUCGCCGCGCGGCGGGCCCGGGGAGCGCGUACAAAUAGUCUAGCUUCGCUCCCCGGGCCGCCAGCGUCGCCACUAACCGUGCCAAGUUUGACCGUGAACCAGUGCCAUAUGUUUUAGAGGUGCCGUCGUGCGCCAAGAGGUUGUUUUUGUUUGUUGUGUCCGGUGGCCGGCGCCGCCCGUUUCAGUCGCUAGGGACCGUCUGCGUGCGAGUCUGUGAGUGUGUUUGUGUGUCUGUCUCGGUGACGGACGUGCGAUGUUCAGUAUUAUUUAUUUUACAGUUGUACAUGUCGUGCGCGUGUCAGUGGACUGUAUGCAUGUGUGGCGCAGCGGAGUCGUGAGAGCGUGUGUUUGUAUCUGGCGACAGUUGUACGUGGCCGCCUCGUGUGUACGUAUGUGUGCCCCGCACUGCGGUUAUCUCUAGUUUUAGCGUUGUGAACAGUCGCGCGCGCUGAACUCCGUGCCAUGAGCUUACCGUUCCACUUCUUUUAAAGAGCAGAAUAACGUUUUCGUACGACGCUGACGCCCGCCCGCCCGGUUGGUUCGCCGCAUUUUCCGUGUUUGUUGUUCCGCGUACAGAGAGCAGCUGGCUUAGAAUACUCAGGAGUCAAGAGCACAGGCGCUGCUAAUACACGCUGACACAGUGA